CGUACUUUUCUCCUUUUUUCUUCUUUAACUAAAUAAUGUAUUCACCUUGACAACGGGGUAUCAUCAAAUAAAUAAAUAAAAAAAUUACAAAAAAUAUUCAAGCAACGACCUUGGUAACCUUCCCCAAAUAUUAUGAUUUUAUAUGAUCACAUUCAAAAACGUCAACUUAGAAACGGUAGAAAAGAUAAACGAAUUUCCUUGUUGAAUGCUCGUUCUGUUUAUACGGAUUUAGUACCAAAUCAUAUCAUCUACAAAGUGCAUAUUCCCCUUGACAUUCAUAUUCUACGAUUCACUUUUGAUGGAAAGUAUCUCAUUUGUUUAUCCAAAAGUUCCAACAAGAUUAUCUUGUAUUAUACCAAAACUUGUGUCUAUCCUUGGUCAGCAACAAAUAAUCCCUUGUCUCCUGCAGAAGAACAAUUCUGUUUCUCUCAUUUCUUUCGUCUCAAAUAUGAACAAACUGUCCAAGUUCCCACAGGUCACAUUUUAUGCAAAGACUUUUGCUUGGUGAUAAAUUCAAAUUAUUUGGUAUUGGCUUCAACCAAAGUACUGUAUGCAACAGCCAAUGGAAAUCCAGUAUAUCCAAGCACCCUUGAAUCCUUCAAUGUCCUUAUUGACUAUGUAUUUUACAGCAUUGAUAUUGAGUCUGGUCAGGUAGUUAGCCAGUAUAAGAUGCCUUUUGAUUUCCUACAUAUCAACCAUCAUGCAUGUGUUAGUGUAUAUGGUCAAGUUUUAUCUAUUUUGUCGUUGAAGUAUCAAACCAUCAAAUUGAUUUUACUUGACGUACACGGCAAUUUCCAUGAACUAAGGUCCAUUGGUAGAUUCUUAAAUCCUGAUGAUGAACUUGUUAUCCAUCGACACCAACAGCAAAAUCAAGCAUAUAUGUUACAAAAAUGGAAAAACCUGAAAAAGCAAGCACUACCAAAAGGAGCAAUAGAAACAAACGAUAUGGAUGAAGCAUCAUUACAUUCUCCUUCAUCACAUUUAGAAGACGAUGUUCAAGGACUUGACUCUUUUAUCACUGCGGCUAGAAUGGACAUGACAAUCAAUUCAAUGAUGGGUGGAGAGCAACUCGAUGACGAUACGGAUCCUUGGCAAGUUUUAAUCGACUUUGGCAUUGACGUACAACUCCACCGGUUCUGUAUGUCAGAGUCUGAUGGCGGUAUAGCUUCUCGUCAAUUUUUCCGAAAUUAUAAUGUAUAUACAAGGAUGAAAUUCUGGCGGUUGCAAUUCUUGGAUGAACAACAUAUUUUAAUCAAAUUGGCCCCUGAUACUGCUACACUCACUCCAAAACCUGAUGGUACAGUUGUUUGUUCAAGUCCAUUCAUGUUGUUUGUCAUAUUCAAUAUUGAGACCAACCAAAUAGAUGAUUUAUUUGAUCAAUCAAGUGAAAAAGUAUUGGAACUAUUCAAGGAUUAUGCAGAUACGAUUCAAGGCCGAUCUCCCGAAGGAACUGUUUGGUUUGGAUCCAAUUGUAGAAAUCAUCCAGAAGCUGAAGCCAUGUUAAUGAAACAAGUACAUUCAUGGUCAUCAUCAAAUCAAGGAAGUCGAAAGGAAGCCAUCAAAAAACUAUCUAUGGAAUUACCUAUCCCUUGUCAAUCCUAUAUGGACUCUCCUUACUUUGAUUUGUCUUUAUUUGCUUAUGAUGAAAAUUUGAUUUCUCCAACAGAUAGGAAACUCAAAUUUGCAAAUCAAAUAGUCAAGUUUUAUUCAAGCUAUCAUCAUCAAUGUAUGUUCAAAAUCAAUCCAAAUCCACCUCCUAGCGAUUUCGAAUCAUCAGAAAAUCUUAGUCGUCGAUUGUCGAUCAUGAUUCCUCAUCCAUCUUACCCUCUUAUCAUCACCAAGCAAUACUCCAGUAAUAAUUCCCCAGUCAUCAAUUUCCAUGUGUACAAAUCACCUGAUACCAUUUAGAUAGGAUCCCCUCUAUAGUUAGUAUUAUGUACAUUGAUAUCCCCUUUCAUUCAAAUAAAAAGACCUCUUUAUUUAUCAUUACCC